GCGCGCGCUGCACGAUGGCCGCCGGCGGGCGCGCGGGCGCCCUGCCGCGGCUAUGCUUGGCGUGUUGCCUGGCGGGCUUGCCGAGGUGCGCCCGCGCGGCGACGGGGGUCCUCCGCCUGGACACGGCAGCGGGAGCCCACGUGAAGAGCUUCCCCGCCGUCUUCGCCGAGUGGUCGAGCCCGGAGGAUAAGGACAAGCUCAGCGCUGGUCCUGUCGUCUUCAGCCAGUCUGACCCGCACGGCUGCACGAAGCACCACUUCUGCAAGGAGUGCGCUAUCGUCGUCCGCCAGGGCGAGUGCACCUUCGCCAAGAAGGCGCAGGUCGCGGAGGCAGCGGGGGCCGCCCUGCUGAUCGUCACGACGGCCGAGGACGGGCCUCCGAUAGGCAUGGGCCUCAAGGCCGAAGGCGGCAACUGGAAGGCGCCGAGGAUCGUGGCGCUGUCCGUGUCGAAGAAGUCUGGCGAGCAGGCCUCUGACCCCGAGGAGUCAGCCCAUCAGGGCGACGUGCUGGAAGGUGGAGCAGGCAUACUGGGACUUGUUCAGCGAGUUCAUUGUGGGCGUCCUGGCAGUGAGCAUCGUCAUGCUAGGUGCUUGGCACAGCGUCGAGGACCUCCGCAGGCCAGAGCUGAAAAGCCACUUCGAGGAGGAGGUGCUCGCUGUGGAGGAGACGAGCGGGCCGCAGUUCGUGGUGUGGGCUUCGAUGAUGCUCACGAUCCUCUUCUUCUUUAUGAAGUACCUCAUAUACGUCCUCCUCUUCCUAUUUGCCACCGGCGCCGUCAAUACAACCACGGUGCUCCUGGAGCCCCUGAUCGCCGCCCGGCGGCCGCAGCUGCGGCAGAGGCCGGGCUGCACCCUGCCGAAGAGGGUCGCGGACGCCCUGGGCCUGGCGCAGGACCACACCAUGUCCGACCUGGUAGCAGAGAGUGCAGGAGGGGGCGCGGUCCUGGCGGUCAGCUUCCUGCUUUUCCGCAACAACGACAACUUCGGUUGGCUCCUCCAGGAAACACAAUCGCGAUCAUGCUCCUCUUGACCAUCCAGCGCACCAUGAGGUUGCCCAACCUGAAGGUAGGCACGUUGCUGUUGGUCUGCACGUUCUUCUUUGACAUCUUCUGGGUAUUCUUAUCGCCGUUCAUUUUCAAGAAGUCUGUGAUGAUCGAGGUGGCCACAGGUGGUGGCACUGGGCAGAGCGUACCUAUGGUGCUCAAGAUCCCAGCUCUCACUGGUAUUCCUGGCCAGUUCAAGGAGAAUUUUGGGAUUGGGCGAUAUAGCGAUCCCUGGGUUGCUUAUCUCGCUGCUGCUCCGACACGACAUGAUUAG